GGGCUUAUCCCUGCUGUUUGGUUGGGUACUGAACUGAGGGUUCAAAUCCUAUUGUGUUUGUGAUAAGCUGGCAUGGAUGAAUCAAGUCAAGCUCAUGGAACAGAUACCCCUACACCUACAACUGCUACACAUACCACUGCCACAGAUGCAAUUGUUGGAUCCUCAAUCCAACCAACAAAUGAAGCAGCACAGCCAGAGACAGCAACAGUAGAUGUAGAAGCUACUUCUACAUCUAUGGGUGGUAAGAUAACUUCUGACAUUUGGAAUCAUUUCAAGAGGUUGAAUGUUCAAGAUGCUGGAUGCAAUUACUGCAAGAAGGUGAUAAAGGCUCAUACUGGAAAGAAUGGUACAAGUGGAAUGUGGAAGCACUUCAACAGAUGCAAGCAGAAUCCUAACAAGCCAAAGCCAAAAGGACAACAAACUCUGACAUUAAAUCCUGCACAACUGGGUGAGAAUGAAGGUAAGGUGUGCAGCUCAUGUACUUGCACUUGUGGUAAAAGAUGCUGUGAGGGUCUACAACAAAUCAAUUGCAAGAAUCAGGUCAGUUGUCAAGUAUAUAAAGGGUUCUCCAUCUAGGUUGGCUAAGCUUAAGCGUUGUGCAAAAUUAGUUGGAAUAGAGUCUAAGGUAACAUUGAUAUUAGAUGUUAAGACUA